AAGAGGGGAGCCGUAUGAUGAUGCCAGGCUUAUAUACGGUUCUUGAGCGCAGCUCUGCUGCUAGUGCUCUGCUUCCUUCAAGCAUUCUUCUUUCAGGUCUGCACCGCUGCCUAACUUUCUCAUAUAGGGGUGAAGAAAACAGGUGGCCAAGAUGUCCGAAAAAAAGAUGACAUCGAGCCGUCGGCACCAUCUCAAGAGUUUGGUGCUCAGCAUUUCGAAGGGCAUUCUGGAGAAAGAAUCCAUUCAGGUUAAGGUAGAUAAGGAGAACUACAUGUCAGAAAACUGCCCCCCUCUGUCCCUGCCCGGAUCCACACAGGAGCUGCAGGAGCUGUGCAAGAAACUUCACCAGCAAAUCGACAAGGUUGAUGAGGAGAGAUAUGACUUGGAGGCCAAAGUGGGCAAGGCCAACAAAGAGAUUGAGGAUCUGAAGAUCAAGGUGGUCGACCUGCAGGGCAAGUUCAAGAAACCUGCGCUAAAGAAAGUGCGUCUGUCUGCCGAUCAGAUGCUUCAGGCUCUGCUGGGCUCCAAGCACAAGGUGUCUCUGGACCUGAGAUCCAACCUCAAACAAGUCAAGAAGGAGGUCAAAGAGGAGGUUGCAGAUGUCGGUGACUGGCGUAAGAACGUCGAGGACAAGGCCGGAAUGGACGGCAGGAAGAAGAUGUUCGAGGGCGAGGCCUAAAUUCCCGGAUGUUUCUUUGUUUAAUUAUCGUAGGGAUGUGUUUGAGCUGUGCGGUCAUUUAUCUUUUUGCCAUAGUUGUAUGUCUUUUCUGCUUUCAGUGCCUCAAAUGAGCAUUUGUUUCAUGCAGUAUGUAUGUCCUGAAAGGGAAUUAUGUAUCAUCGCAGAGCCACUGCCAUUAAACGAAUGCUUUUGAGGAAAA